GCUUGAGACGCCCAGAAGCGAGGAACUGUUCGGAUUCUGGAAUUAGCCCAAGGAUUAGCUGAAACAAAGAAUUUAAUCAGGUGAAACUCAAAGCAAAAUCUGAAAUCCUGCACAAAUGGAGACCAUGCACGAGAUCAUUCCUUUUGCCAAGGAGAUGCUGCAGCAGAAGCCCAGCCGGCGGAUGGUGAAGGUGUACUUGGUUGGAAGCGUGGUGGCGUUCUUCGGGGUGGUGCUGGGCCUGGUGGAGACGGUCUGCCAGCCCUUCUCCUCUGACGAGCCCCUGGACGAGGAGCUGGCGCGGCUGGUGGCGCGGGAGCAGCGUGCGCUGGAGGCUGAGAGGAGGACGAAGAGGACAGAGGGGGAGGCGCUGGAGAGGGAGGCAGCCGAACCUGUGAAGAAGCAGCAGCGGGAAGAGGCUGGGCAGAGAAACACAGCCUACAGGCUACAUGCCUCCUAAACAGCCCUCUCCUGCAACACACACCUCCAUGUAUUUAUUAAAGAACUGUCCACAUUGCAUAACGUAUGUAAAUGUCCCUAACGAACUUAAGCAAGAAAAAUGACCACCCCUCCCCCACCACCCUCGUUUCCAUUCAGAAAAAGCAGACAGACUAAAUGGUUGAUUUGAGCUGUUUCAUCUGAACAAGUGUAGAUGACAAGCUCAGGGGGAGUUGUUGGGCUGUGUUGAUAUGUGAUGGUGAGUGUGAUGGAAUGUCCAAGUCGGCGUGUGAAUGUUUGAUGUACGUGCAGUCUGAGGGAGGUAAAUGGACUGUCUCUGCCCAAGGCGAUGACAUCACUUGCUGCUGUGCAGCAGAGGUCCAGAGAGGCUCCCAUGAUGUUGAUGAUGUCAUACUGGCUGUGUGAAAGAAGAUUUUUAUACUGGAAGAGAAAACGGACAUAUACUGUACU